CAGUGAGCGCCGGCUCCUGCAGCAACCUGAUCAGCUGUGCUGUCACCUCGGACCUGACAUCAGUGCGCUCCCUCGUCUCGUCGCUGACUGUGGACAUAUAAACUACAAAACGAUGUCUCCGAAGAUCAAGGCCGGCUCUGUGGUGGAGAUGCAGGGAGAUGAGAUGACCAGGAUCAUCUGGGAGCUCAUUAAGGAGAAGCUCAUCUUCCCCUAUGUGGAGAUGGAUCUGCACAGCUACGACCUCGGCAUGGAGAACCGAGACGCCACAGACGACCGGGUGACGGUUGAGGCGGCGGAGGCCGUCCGGCGCUACAACGUGGGCAUCAAGUGCGCCACCAUCACACCGGACGAGAACCGCGUGGAGGAGUUCAAGCUUAAGCAGAUGUGGCGCUCGCCCAACGGGACCAUCCGCAACAUCCUCGGGGGCACGGUGUUCAGGGAGGCCAUCAUCUGCAAGAACAUCCCCCGCCUGGUGCCCGGCUGGGUGAAGCCCAUCAUCAUCGGCAGACACGCACACGGAGACCAGUACAAAGCCACAGACUUUGUGGUGCCUGGGCCGGGAAAAGUGGAGAUGAUCUAUACACCAACAAGUGGAGAGCCGGUCAAGUUUGUAGUCCAUGAAUUUCAGGGCACGGGGGGCGUAGCUUUGGGGAUGUACAACACUGACGUGUCCAUCAGGGACUUCGCCCACAGCUCCUUCCAGAUGGCUCUGACCAAACUGUGGCCUUUGUACCUCAGUACCAAGAACACCAUCCUGAAGAAGUACGACGGCCGCUUCAAAGACAUCUUCCAGGAGAUCUAUGAGAAGGAAUAUCGUUCUAAGUUUGAGGCCAAAGGCAUUUGGUAUGAGCACCGCCUGAUAGAUGACAUGGUAGCUCAAGCCAUGAAAUCUGAGGGGGGCUUCAUCUGGGCCUGCAAAAACUACGAUGGGGAUGUCCAGUCUGACUCAGUUGCUCAAGGCUAUGGCUCCCUGGGAAUGAUGACCAGUGUGCUGAUUUGCCCCGAUGGACGUACAGUGGAGUCGGAGGCCGCCCACGGCACAGUGACACGCCACUACAGACAACACCAGCAGGGAAAAGAAACCUCCACCAACCCCAUUGCCUCCAUCUUCGCGUGGACACGGGGCCUCCUCCACCGGGCAAAGCUGGACAACAACACAGAGCUGAGGGCCUUCUCUGAGGGUCUGGAGGCCGUCUGCGUCGAGACCAUCGAGGCUGGUUUCAUGACCAAGGAUUUGGCCAUCUGCAUCAAAGGCAUGCCAAACGUGACACGAGCCGACUACUUGAACACCUUCGAGUUCCUGGACAAGUUGGCAGAGAACCUGAAGGUGAAGCUCGCCAACCAGCCCAAGCUGUGAGCCUGCCCUGUCCUCAUCCCAGCUGCAGCCGUCACACACAGACCCACACGUAUACGCCCGUGCACACAGACACAUCUGUACAGGAACUGGAGUUGCUGGAGGAGCGUCCUCCCAGACUUCCGGGAAUCUCAGAUCUGCGUCUUCUGGUACCCCAGAAGAACGAAAAGGCCAUUCCUGUGAUGGUGAACACACGAUACAGAGUUUAAGGACCUCCAGGACACACACGGGGCUCCGACCCGACGACUCGGUGCCCUUCUUCACCCUGAUUUGCACUAGCUAAGUGUCGUCUGUAUCCGUCGGCAGUCGGCGCUGGACGAGCUGAGGGAGCCUCCGGACCUCCACUGCCUUAUUCAGUUUGUGUCAAAGUCACGAGUGGACUCUCGUCAUCUUCGUCGCCUUUCUACUGUGUUAACAGAACCUCAGGCAGCAUUUUAUGUGUGAGUGCCAGAAAAACAAAGCACAGUCGGCCUGUCUGUCACCGAUGAGCUGCGUGAGCACACAUUCCAUGAAGUUUUAUUCUCCUGCACCUCAAAUUAUAAAGACUUUAAACGGAGGUUGUCUCCUCUCAUGCAACUUUUAAACACACUACCUGGAACCAUUAACAGUUCAUUAAAUAUCAAUUGAUUCAAUAUUA